AUGGAAAAUUAUAUUAAAGGAAAAAUUGUAGAAGAUCCACUGCAAAUAACAGAUAUUCCUAUUUCGAAUAUUCCCCAAAAUGUGCUGUGGAUGCAGGUUAGAGGAGGUACUAAAAUGAGAAAUGUGAUAUCUCAUGUUACGACAUUUUAUGAGAAUAAGAGGGACGAUAUAUCUUGCAUCUGGACAGGAUAUGGAAAAUCUGUAGAAAAGGCCAUUUCUUGUGCUGAAGUUAUGAAGAGAAAUUAUAACUUCAAACUUCACCAAUAUACAAAAACUGGUUACAAAAUAGUAGAGGAAUAUUGGGAUCCUGUUGUCCCAGAACUAGACCAAAUAGUGGUAAAGAAAAAACUUCCUAUAGUCCAUAUAUAUUUAUCCAGCAAACCCUUGGAUAGUAGAGAACUAGGUUAUCAACCCCCUGGCCAAUUUGUUCCAUCUCAAGGAAAUGUCAACAUAUCAAAGGAGAAAUGA